AUGUCGGAGAUUUUGAAGGCGAGAACAUACUGCAGCUACUUUACAGGAAACGAGCAGGGUAGUUCCCGGUCUGUUGACGAUGGGGAAGAAGAGGGCGAAAUUCUCAGUGAUGGUUCGGAUGAUAUCCAGGAGCAACCAAAACCCAUAUCCAUCAUUGGUGCAUCGAUGAACAGCUUCCAUUCAUUGUUUAUCAGGAAAGCUCCAAAAGAGGCAUUGCGCAGUUUAAAUGACACGCCUCCUCUCCAGGCAAAUGUCGGGGUCCUUCCUCCACAGACUGUAACAAUUGGUCGUGGCUUCUCUAAUGAACAAAAACUUGGAAUAUUACCACAGCAAAGAGCUUUUUGCAGCCGUCCACGUAACAGCCCAUUCGGGACGACUUCGCCAUGGUCUUCAAACUUUCCAGCGCCCCAUUCUGUUUAA